GGCCCCAACGCUUCCCCCUCUUCUCUCCCCGAGGCCCCGCCCACGCGCCCCCGCCGCAUCCGGGCGGUGGCACGGCCCGGCCCGGCCCCCCACCACGGGGCUCCUGCCGGGUGCGGUGGGAAGGGGUGGGCGCUCGGGUGUCACCGCUGCUUUUCCGCCGUCUCGCAACACCUCUCCGGCGGCAGGGGCAGGGAGUCGUGCCCAGAAGUGAAGAGCUUGCCGCCGGCCACAUUCAGCCCCUUUGCGGAGCCCGAAUUCCUGUAAAUACUAGUAAAUGUUGCUGGGUUUGUGCAUUCUGGAGAUAAUUUCUACUGUGGAUACUACCAAGGCUUUGCAAAUGGGAUGAACACACUGCUGUUGACUGCUUACUGACAGUAACCAGCUGGACACUUCACUGGUGAUGCUUUCAUUCUCACAUUUUGACAUUGGAGUUUGCUUAUACUGAUUUUUAAAAAGAGGAAGAAAUCAAAGUGGAGUACCGUAAACUUGACAUGGAUAAUAAAAAGAAAGAUAAGGACAAGCCAGAUGAAAGAAUGUCACGGCCUAGUGGCAGGUCAGGCCGUAAUCCACGUGGAACUGGUACUUCAAAUUCUGGAGUGUUAAUGGUUGGACCUAACUUCAGAGUUGGCAAAAAAAUCGGAUGCGGUAACUUUGGAGAACUACGGUUAGGAAAAAAUUUAUACACAAAUGAAUAUAUGGCAAUUAAGCUGGAGCCAAUGAAGUCGAGAGCACCACAGCUACAUUUGGAAUACAGAUUCUACAAGCAGCUAGGAUCUGGAGAUGGAAUACCUCAGGUUUACUAUUUUGGCCCAUGUGGCAAAUAUAAUGCUAUGGUGCUAGAACUACUUGGACCUAGUCUGGAAGAUUUAUUUGACUUGUGUGGUAGGACAUUUUCUCUUAAAACCGUUCUUAUGAUAGCCAUACAGUUGAUUUCUCGUAUGGAAUAUGUCCAUUCAAAGAACUUGAUAUACAGAGAUGUAAAACCUGAGAACUUCUUAAUAGGACGACCUGGAAACAAAACCCAGCAAAUUAUUCAUAUUAUAGACUUUGGUUUGGCAAAGGAGUAUAUAGAUCCAGAAAAUAAGAAGCACAUACCAUAUCGAGAACACAAGAGCCUUACAGGAACAGCUAGAUACAUGAGUAUAAAUACACAUUUAGGAAAAGAGCAAAGUAGAAGAGAUGAUUUGGAAGCUUUAGGUCAUAUGUUUAUGUAUUUUCUCAGAGGAAGCCUUCCAUGGCAAGGCUUAAAGGCUGAUACAUUAAAAGAACGUUACCAGAAAAUUGGAGACACAAAACGAGCAACCCCUAUAGAAGUAUUGUGUGAAAACUUCCCAGAGGAAAUGGCUACGUAUCUACGUUAUGUAAGAAGGCUAGAUUUUUUUGAAAAGCCAGACUAUGACUACUUAAGAAAGCUCUUCACAGACUUACUUGAUCGGAAAGGCUAUAUGUUUGAUUAUGAAUAUGAUUGGAUUGGCAAACAGUUGCCUACUCCAGUGGGUUCAAUACAUUCAGACCCUGCACUGUCUUCAAAUAGAGAAGCAUAUCAGCACAGAGAUAAAACGCAACAAUCCAAAAAUCAGUCAGCAGACCAUAGGGCAGCUUGGGACUCACAGCAAGCCAAUCCACAGCAUUUGAGGGCUCACCUAGCAACUGACAGACAUGGUGGCUCGGUACAGGUGCUGCUGUCUUUUCAAACGGAGGACAAGGAAAAGCAUUCAGCGCCACAAAUGACUAGACCCAAACAGAACACAGGAAAUUGCUUAUUUGUUCACCUUCUGUCUUGUGGACUUAAAAAACCCCACCACCUCCGUAAUGACCACACAUUUUCCAAGGAUACCCUUAAAAAUAAUGUCAAGCCUGUGUGCUUUGAUUUGAUUCUCCUGCAACCAUCUUUUGUUUCUUUAAUUCAUUUAUUUUAAAAGCUUUAAGGUUUUGUCAAAUAUGAGUGCUUCUUGGACCAAUGUAAUGGUACAAAUGAACAAUAUCUUCAGCAAAACUAAACUUGGAAAGUAUUUCUUCUGUCGUAGGAAGUACUAGAAGUGUCUUAGCUGAAGACAGCUGUCAUAAACCUGUUAUUUGAGUUUGUAGCAGCAUAUCAAAAGCAGUUUUCUUCCAAAAUGCAGAAGAAAAAUAGGAAUGCACAACCUUUCAGAAAAAUAAUAAAAUCUCUUUUCUUUUCUGACACUGCAUUGAUUUUUUUUUUCUUUUCUCCCAGUAUUACUGGUGAUACUGUAGUCAAAUUGCGUCAGCAUUAAACUCUGUCUGUGAUAUUGUUGUACAGUCACUAUCUAGAGAUAUGGAAGAAGCUGAUGUAACCGUUGACAGUUGUCUAAAUGCUGGUGAGAUUAAUGAACAGAGAGUAUAUCCAGUAGGCUCUGGGCUUGAAAACCAGGGUUUUUUUAUACCUACAAUGGAAUUGCAGUGCAGUAGAAAUGACAACAGUGUUUGUACGAAGGAUACAGAAGUUUGUGUAAUUUAAGUUGUGCUUCCAGUAAUGUUAAUAAGAUUGAAAUACCUUCAAAAGAGGAUCUACAGCGGAAUUAUAAAAGAAAGAAUAAAUGUGAAUCUGGUUACAGUGGAAUAAAUAUUAAAGCCUGUAUGUUUACUAAGGUAAUUGAUGAUUGACAACAUCUUUAACUUGAAAAUAUGGGUAAUGUUAGAGAUCUGUUUGUAAAUUAUAUUACUCUUUGAUUUAGAAAACAAAUGCGAUGGAAGUGAGUUAGACUUCUCCUUUAUGUGUGUACUAGCCCGUAGCACACAAAAUUUCCCCAAAUUUUUUUUUUCCCUGGAAAUUUCUUGUCUUUCAGUGUAAUAACACUAUUAUAGUGGGAUGGCAAGGGUGUCAGGUACUUCCGCAGAGUCCAGUGAAGUGCCUGCAAUGUGAACAAACCGGCAGUUCUGUAUAUAAGGCAGCCCAUUUUAUAUUUUUGUCUUCAGAAAAUAUAUGCUUCUUUUAAAGCCAUAGUGACAGAGGUAUGCUUUUGUCAUGUUUAGCUGCCAGUUACUGAAGAAGGGGUGUGAAAGAUGGAAGUGAGUAGACAGAUUUGUUGACCAAAACUCAGAUUAUCUCAAUUUUUUUAUAAUUCUUCUAGAGCUAAUUAGCAUUUUUUCUAUCCACACAUGCCUUUUGGCAUACAUAUUUAUUUUUAAUCUGUUUUGUCGUAGCAUUUAAAAUGUGUAUUAAAAUAAAUGCACACCUUUGAAUUAAUUAUUGCAUUUACAAGGACUUUAAUUGUAUUUUGUAAUUUAUUUUUCCUUAACGGCCAAAAGUGUAUUUCGUUGUUUGGAUUAUGUGCUUAUAUGUAUACUUUGAUCUUUGUCAUUAUUACCGUUCAUGAUUUAAGUUUUUGUUUUAAAAAACCUAAACUUGGCCUACAAAAACAUACUGUAUAACAGGUCAUAAGUUUCGACUCCACCAGUUUGUGGUUUUGAUUAUCUCAAACUCAUGAAGUUACUUCAUUGUUUUUAUUUGAGCUGAAAAGGUUACUUGACCAUUUUCAUAUGAAAACGCAUCCUUCUUCAUAGUACUUGACCAAAUUUGUUGCUUUGUAAGAUUUGUAAGUCCAUGUGGUAUAUGUAUUUCUCACACACCUGAUUAGUUUUAUUCUCAGAGGCUUUUGACCUGUACAGUAUUUGUAUGAUCUGAACUUCGUACAUGUAAGUGUGUGUAUUACGGACUUAAAAUAUUUGAAUAUACAAAAGCUGUUUAUUUGCUGAAAUGACCAGUAUCUAGGCACUUGCUUUUCAGCAAUAUUUUUUGAAGUGCUUGAUUUUAAUGCUGAAGAAGGUUUUAUUCCAGCAAAGCGGUCAGUACUAAUGCAGGUAUGUUCAGGUUAUGCCAAUAUGAUUUGCAUUUAUAUCCUUUUAUUUUCCUGCUAAAGUAAUGAAGUCAUCAUUGGGUGGAUGUCUAAAAAUGAAAUACAUCCCUGUUUAAAUGUAAGACAAAAAAUAA